AUGGCGAUUCCCCGAUUGAGGGUAAACGCAGCAUCGGAGGAGCGUCUCGUGCAUCCAAAUCACAUCGUUUAUCAGAGAAUGGAACAAUUAGUACAACAAAUGUUGGAUGCCGAAAGUGGAGUACCGAUCAAAACUGUCAAAAGCUUUCUAUCAAAGGUGCCAUCAGUAUUUACGGGUCAAGAUCUCAUUGCGUGGAUCGUGAAGAAUAUGGAAAUGAGUGAUUUGGCUGAUGCUCUUCAUUUGGCUCAUCUUGUCGCCUCUCAUGGUUAUCUCUUUCAAAUCGACGAUCAUGUAUUGACUGUGAAAAAUGAUGGGACAUUUUAUCGGUUUCAAACUCCAUACUUUUGGCCGUCUAAUUGCUGGGAACCCGAAAAUACUGAUUAUGCGGUCUACCUGUGUAAACGAACAAUGCAAAACAAAGCGCAUCUCGAAUUGGAGGACUUUGAGGCUGAGAAUCUUGCGAAAUUGCAGAAAAUGUUCUCCCGAAAAUGGGAAUUCGUCUUUAUGCAAGCAGAGGCACAAUACAAAGUUGACAAGAAAAGAGAUCGCUUGGAACGGCAGAUCCUCGAUUCACAGGAGAGAGCCUUUUGGGAUGUGCAUCGACCGGUUCCUGGUUGUGUCAACACAACAGAGGUGGAUUUUCGAAAACUGUCUCGAAGUGGUCGACCAAAGUACAGUCAAGGAGGACAUGCCGCAUUGAAUGCUGCCGUUUCUUCGGGUUGUGGCCCAUUCUCAACGUCAGCCGCUGUUGCUCAUGCUUCUCAACCAUCGACAUCAAAUGGGACAACGAGUGCUCAAACAACACAAGUACAACCAUCAACUAGCGGUGCUUCAAGCGGUUCAUUCCGUUCUUCAACAUACAGUCACCGACCCGGUCUUCGUCGAUGCACUCAAGUACAGGACACGUUGAAAUUGGAGAUCAAUCAGCUGAAUAGCCGAUUAUCGAAGAAUGUAUUGAGGACAUCAAAAGUUGUGGAAAAUUAUCUUGGCUAUUUUGAACAUCGAAAAGUGUUCGAUCCCUUCUUGACGGUUCUCGGUUCAGCCACUGAUCCAUUCAAUUCACAGCCAAAUCCCUGGAUAUCGGACACUGUCGACUUUUGGCAAUAUGAUAAAAUCACUGGAGACAUCUCGACAAGACGAUUGAAGCUGUGGGAAGAAUGUUUCGAGGAAUUGUUGUGUGAUCCGCUUGGACGGGAAACAUUACAGAAAUUCCUUGAUAAAGAGUACUCCGGAGAGAAUUUGCGUUUCUGGUGGGAGGUUCAAAAGCUCCGCAAAUGUAGCUGUCGAAUGGUGCCUGUGUUGGUGACUGAAAUAUACAAUGAAUUCAUUGAUACAAAUGCCACAAGUCCCGUCAAUGUUGAUUGCAAGGUGAUGGAUGUCACUGAGGAGAACCUGAAAAAUCCCAAUCGAUGGAGUUUCGACGAGGCAGCGGAUCACAUCUUUUGUCUGAUGAAAAACGAUAGUUAUCAACGCUUUCUCCGAUCGGAUAUUUAUCGAGAUCUCGUCGCACAAUCAAAGAAAAAGAGUUCAUUCGGCUCAUUGCUCGGCCGCCGGGCGUCUCGUCGUCCAUUCCGGGCGAAAUCUCAGAACAACUCAACUCGUGGCUUGGGUGCUUCAUCCGGUCCAUCAACUUCUCAUUCAUGGAAUGCUCUAGCUUCUCUCACCUCCACAUCUACACCAAUCACUUCCACGCACACCCCAUCAUCGCCCCUCAGCCCCCUAGGUAGUCCGGCCAUAGCACCAGUGAAGAUGUCCCGUGAUAUCGGCAUCCGUUUCCCGAAUUUACCCGGUUUCUCUGGUGGUCGAACAUUACAAGUCGGUUCAGCCACUCCACAAACAGCACAAACUGGUGGAUCUUCAUCUUGUUCUCCAACAGCGACAACUGUUGGCAUU